GCCUCUAGGGGGCGACAGAGGCCGCGCUGUGUUUCCGGCUCAGCAUCACAACAACAGCUGCUAGCAGCGUUAGCUCAAAGGCGAACUGUGUUUUUUUCUGCUAAUUGGGGACAUAUUAACAGGUACGCUGGAAUUUUCUGAUACCCACUCGGACAUGUCCUAUGUCUUCAUCAACGACUCGUCGCAGACCAACGUGCCUCUGCUGCAGGCCUGCAUCGACGGAGACCUGCCCUUCGCCAAGCGGCUCCUGGAGACGGGAUGCGACCCCAACAUCCGGGACAACCGGGGCCGCACCGGCCUGCACCUAGCCGCCGCCCGGGGGAACGUGGAGAUAUGCCGCCUCCUGCACAAGUUCGGGGCCGAUCUGCUGGCGACUGAUUAUCAAGGAAACACGGCGCUGCAUCUGUGUGGUCAUGUUGAUACCAUACAGUUCCUGGUUUCCAACGGGCUGAAGAUCGACAUCUGCAACCACAACGGCUACCCUCUGGUGCUGGCGAAGAGACGCGGCGUCAACAAGGACGCCAUCCGUCUGCUGGAAGGACUGGAGGAGCAGGAGGUGAAGGGCUUCAACAGAGGACCCCACUCCAAACUGGAGACCAUGCAGAUGGCCGACAGUGAGAGUGCGAUGGAGAGCCACUCCUUACUCAACCCCAACCUGCAGAGCAGCGAGGGGGUCCUGUCCAGCUUCAGGACCACCUGGCAGGAGUUUGUGGAGGACCUGGGCUUCUGGAGGGUGCUGCUGCUGCUGGUGGUCAUCGCCCUGCUGUCCCUGGGCAUCGCCUACUACGUCAGCGGAGUCCUGCCGUUCUCCACCAGCCAGCUGGAGCUGGUGCACUGAGGGAGGAGGCGGCGUGGUGAAGAAGACGCAUGGGUUAUGGGAGGUAGUGGAGUAAGUUCUGCUUUCCGCUGUGUUUAGAUCAGAGCAGAAACCCAGAUUUGUGUUUAUUUGCAGCCCAGAUCUUUCUCGUGGUUAUCCAAACACGGAAGCAGCAUAUUGUAUUGUUGGGAAAAGUAUUCUAAAAAAGCAGCGAUCCAAAAGAACAAAACUCUCUCUCUCUCUCCAUUAAUAAAAACAACUUGUAAAGCUUGAGGAGAUUAGCAGGAGGAUUUAGGAAGUGUCUCAUAUUAAGAACAUAAUGUUUGCUUGUUUAAAUAUUAUGUAACAUAUCCCCUUUAAAAUACCAUCACAGUUGGAGCUGCUUUUAAAACCGAGCGAGAGAGAAAACACGACGCUCUGGUUUUGUUUUUAAUGCCGUAUGACACCUUUUUCAUUUCAUUCAUAUUGUAUCUUCUGUUACAAACUGUAUAUUGCCAAUGUUUUGUAUCUUCUACUUUCUUAUUUGUCUGAUCUUUCACUUGUGUUAUUUAUCAAAUAUCCUCUGUGUUUAUUUUCCUGCAUACUGUAAUGUUUACUCUCGCUUCCUUUAGCUGCUUUAUUUUAUUCCAGCUGGAGACAGUUUAGUUAUAAUUACUGCAAAUUGACUCACUUCAGUCUGUUUACAUAACAGAUUAGAAAAGCACCUUGACUGUGUGCCUUUUCAAAAUAAAAAGCUUCAUGCUUCACAACAGCAAGUUAAGACAUUCCCUCCAGAAGCAUUUAAAUCUGCCCUGUUGUUGUAAACAUCAUAUAUAUAUAUAUAUAUAUAUAUAUAUAUAUAUAUAUAUAUAUAUGCACAAUGCUCAUAAACUGUAGGAUUAAAACAGCAGAUUAACAAUGUUUUGCUCUAUAUUCACUGUAUCUUAACGGACGUGUAAACCAUGUAGAUUUUAUUUGUAGUAGC